CAGAAUUUUAGGCAAAAUGGCGACAAUGUAACGGAUGGAGGACGAAAAAAGGACUAUUAGCAAGUGCCAUGACAAACUUGUCCCUUGUUAUAAUUUCAUACUCCGGUAAGGUGGGUUUACCGAGAACCACAGUGUGCCAAUGUUUUGGAGAACACUGACUGUGUUGUCCCCAUUAUGGCUACAGUAAAAGAGAGUACAGAGGAUGACAAAGAGGUAGAAUCUUCCUCUGAUGACACUCAAGAGCUGACAGCCAUAUCUUCUCACAACAACAACAACAACAACAAUAACAGCUUGGAUCCACCAGAGCUCCUGCCCUUGGACAGUCACCAAAAUCUUUUAAAUGGAAUCCAGCCAAACCUAUUUGUCUGUGGGAGCGUUCCUGCUGCCCCCAGCACAAAUGACUCAUUGCCUUCAGGAGCACUUGUUAAUGGAGCUGCUUCACACUGUACCUCAGAGGGGUCCUGCGUCCACAACAAAGACAUGUCUCCUCUGCCCAGGACAGACACCAGCCCAGAGGUGUUACUGCCUCCCAGUGAGCUUCAAUCAGACACCCGGCAGAAAGCAGAAGGGUGCACCCAAAAAUUGCUGGCCACACGGGCCUCAUCUGAAUCAAGCAGCAGCGACGGUGAGGCCCCCUUAGAUGUUCUGGUGGGGGAAGGCUUGGAUAACAGGCCAAUCAGCCGACUGUUGGCUAGAAAGGGAAUCAAAGCAGAGUGCUUAUGGGACUUUAAUUCAGAGUUGUCAGAGAGUUCCUCUGAUGACUGCGAUGGUCUGAACUGGGGCCUGCAGGAGAAUUUCAUGCGGUUACUGUUAAAAAGUAGUGUAGCAGGUGGAGUAAGUACAAAGGUGGAGAUUGAGGGAGCUCCACCUGCCAACCAAAGACGAAGGAUGCGGAAAACUCAGACCGUGGAGAGGGCUGCCACUGGAGGACAAGUUUAUAAUGGCUUUGAUUACACAUCCCAGAAUUCUCUAACCGAUGAGGACUCUGAUUUUGAUUCGUCCAUUAACAAAGAACAUGCCUUCAGGAAUGAGACAGAAAGUUUGAAAGCAUAUGCUGGCUUGCACCUAGAGAAAUUCUGCGACAAGGCAGUUGCCAUGAAGGAACUAAUUUCAAGCAAAAAUGAAGAGAGAUGUGAUAAAGGAAGCAGCGACACUGAAACAAACACCUACAUGGGUGAAAAAUUGGCUCCGUUAAAGACAGAGACAAAAACAGGCAGGGAGCUUUCCUUCUCAUGCUCAAAGUGCAAAAUUAAUUUCAAGGAGAAGAUGCAUUUGCAAAGGCAUAUGAUGUAUCAUUUAGACAGGAAUAAUAAGGUGAGACAAGAGCAUGUUCCCCGACCCUUUAUAUGUAGGGAGUGUGGGCGUUCAUUCCGAGACCUAACCUCUCUGCAAAAGCACACGAUAAUCCACCAGGUGCGUAGGGAGAAGCUGAUGGAGGAGAUUAAAGGUUUCAGUCAGAUAGAUGUCGAGGGAAGAAGAGCUUGUCUUCAGUGUCCCCAGUGUGUCUUUGGAACGAAAUGCCCCAAAACUUUUGUCCAUUAUAGUGAAACUAAUGAGAAGGAGAAGCACACCUAUAGCUGGAAAAAAUUUGAUCACAUGACUAUGAAUGAAAUUGAGCUAAAUGCAAGUGAGUGCACAGCUCAUCACGACACAUAUAACAAAGAUGGCGACUCCUUUGUAUGCCAAAUUUGCACAUUUAGAAGUAAGAAUAACAAUGCUUUCAGAAAACAUGUUGAGCUCAUACAUGGGCAACCAUAUUAUGAGUUUUAUAGAGUAGCAGACCAACCCAAAAUCAAGAACUCAUUAAUGCCAAAGAUUCAAAGCACAGAGAAAUGGUCUGCAAAGGAGAGAGGUGAGGUGCCUUUUAGGCCCAAUAACUCAGCUGACCUUAAUCAGAGAAGCAUAGAAACGGAAAAAGCCUGUGACGUUUUGAGUUCCUCGCUGAUCAAAUGGAACCCUGGCAGCCCAGCAAACAAGCUGUCACCAUUCUCACAGAGAAGUGACAAGCAAAGCAAAUUAUCCCCUCUGCCUACAGAGAAAAUAGAUGUGACAACAGGUCUCCCUUAUGUCGAAGAAGACAAUCAAGAAUAUGAAAGCGCUGUCUCAGAAAAGAGGACAAAAUAUCUUUCCAGCUUUGACGUGCAUUUUACAACAAAAACAGAGAUCGUCAGUAAAACAGCCUGUCUGAACCCUGGCACUGAGAGCUGUCCCAAAGAUCCCUCAACCAGCAGUACUUUAGCACUGCAAACGUUGAGGCAUAAACUACCCUCGAAACGAAAAAUGUCAAUCCCAUAUCACAACACCCCUGUUGAUGUUCCCCAUGUGCGUUUUCCAAAAUGUGAGCCUGAUUCUCAACAAUGGGAAACGACUAAACCACAAGAAGGAGAUGACUAUGAAGGUGCUCAGGAUUUCAACGGCUACGCCAAAGAAUCCGCAGAUUGGUCUCGUAGCCAUACCCCCUGUGAUUAUUUCAACUGUGGAUGGACAUCCCCUGUCAAGAACAACAUUCCUGACUAUGCCAAUCACACCAAUCUGGAAAAUAACAUAAAGGUGGACAGUGAUGAAAUCUGUACAUUUAUAGUGAAGGAGGAGUGUAUCGAGAGUACAAUCAAUGAGGAUACCCCUGAUCCUGUUGUUUAUAACGAAAGUGACCCCUAUGCAGACUAUGUGGUCUCCCCUUUGUCUUUGGUGGGCAGGAAGUGCUGUCCCUACUGCCCAGCUGUGUUUGAGUCUGGGGUUGGCUUGUCCAACCACAUCAGAGGACACCUACAUAGAGUGGGGCUAAGUUAUGAUGCUCGUCACGUGGUGUCACCUGAGCAGGUGGCAUCUCAGGAUUGUCGACACCGCAUACGCAGAAAAAUCCCUUCAGUGAAUCGCAGAAUCAGAAAAGAUAAGCCAGAGUCUAAAACCGAACACACCUGUCCGCUGUGCCUGGGCUGGUUUGACACUAAGACCGGCCUCUCCAAUCAUGUGCGGGGUCACCUGAAGCGAAUUGGAAAGCCUAUUUCGGGUGCUAGCAAGUCACCUCUCUGGAUUCUGACAGAACUUCUUCAGGAUGAGUCAGAAUACAGAAACAUUAUGAGGGUGCUUGGUGCCAGACCACACUUCUCCAAACCUUUUUUCUCUCAAAAAUUUGCCAACAGCGAUGGACUGUUCCUUACAUCCACUGGGAUUCCCAUAAAGAUCCGUCAUGCCACCGGCACACCAGACGCAGGGCAAUGGUCUAUGAUCAGAUCACCACCUGUGGACAGGGAGAUGCAGAGGACUGAUACAGUCCCAUCUAGCAUUUUAGAGGACCUGCUGGGAAAUAGGAAACUGGAGCAGGAAAAGGAGGUCCGAGGUCACUCAGAGAAGAACAUGACUCCAUUGGCCAUCUCCUCCACUAGUGGCAGUAUACCCAGGACAUCAUCUGUGAAGCUGGAUCCUACCUGGAGUGAAGAGAAGUUUGCAGCAAAUAAGAAGAUCUGCAUCCACUGCAACACAACGUUCCAGAGUGCUGUCAGUCUGUCCAAUCAUCUUCGAGCAUAUGCACGACGGAAGAGGAUUGCCUUAUUAGAGGGAACAACAUAUGAUUGUAAACAGAAGAGGCCUAGAUCAAGACCUGGGCCAAAAAGCAAGGUGUUUUCAUCUGCGCACACCGCCUCUGAAGUGAUCUACAGAAUGACCUGCAGGUUCUGCGGUCUGACCUUCCAGGGUCCUCAGUCAAUUCAGGAAGACUGGAUCAAGCACUUGCAGAGGCAUCUCAUGCACACGAGUAUCUCUGGCAUGGGUGCAGGUAUGGUGGAGGUAUCAGCACUAUGUAAAGAGCUGAGUUCACCAUCUUCCCCCGAGCACCUGCUCCUGGAUACUCACUCUACUCUCAGUCUGCCUGUGGGGGUCUCCUAAGCCACGUUUACAUGCCAGCUAUGCUCACUGUACACCUGUUCGGCACAUGUUCAUAAACAAAUACAUGUAUAUUAUGCUGUAUAUACUGUACAUAUAUGAGAACAGAAUAUAUAUAUAUAUAUAUAUAUAUAUAUAUAUAUAUAUAUAUAUAUAUAUAUAUAUAUAUAUACACCGAUCAGCCACAACAUUAAAACCACCUUCGUAAUAUUGUGUAGGUCCCCAUCGUGCCGCCAAAACAGCGCCAAUCCGCAUCUCAGAAUAGCAUUCUGAGAUGCUAUUCUUCUCACUACAAUUGUACAGAGCGGUUAUCUGAGUUACCAUAGACUUUGUUAGUUCGAACCAUUCUAGCCAUUUUCUGUUGACCUCUCUCAUCAACAAGGCAUUUCCGUCCACAGAACUGCCGCUCACUGAAUGUUAUUUUGUUUUUGGCACCAUUCGGAGUAAAUUCUAGAGACUGUUGUGCGAGAAAAUCCUAGGAGAUCAGCAGUUACAGAAAUCCUCAAACCAGCCUGUCUGGCACCAACAAUCAUCGGUGUAUAUACACCGAUCAGCUACAACAUUAUAGCCAUCUGCCUAAUAUCAUGUAGGUCCCUCGAUCGGACUUGUUGCUCCAGCACAUCCCAUAGAUGCUCAAUCGGAUUGAGAUCUGGGGAAUUUGGAGGCCAAGUCAACACCUUGAACUCUUUUUCAUGUUCCUCAAACCAUUCCUGAAAAAUUUUGCAGUGCGGCAGGGUGCAUUAUUCUGCUGAAAGAGUCCGCUGCCAUCAGGGAAUACCGUUGCCAUGAAGGGGUCUGCAACAGUCUUUAGGUAGGUGGUACAUGUCAAAGUAACAUCCACAUGAAUGCCAGGACCCAAGGUUUCCCAGCAGAACAUUGCCCAGAGCAUUACACUGCCUCCGCCGGCCUGCUUUCUUCCCAUGGUGCAUCCUGCUGCCAUCUCUUCCCCAGGUUAAUGACGCACACGCACCCGGCCGUCCACAUGAUCUAAAAGAAAGCGUGAUUCAUCAGACCAGGCCACCUUCUUCCAUUGCUCCAUGGUCCAGUUCUGAUGCUCACGUGCCCAUCUUUCGGCAGUGGACAGGGGUCAGCAUAGGCACUCUGACCAGUCUGCGGCUACACAGCCCCAUUCGCAGCAAGCUGUGAUGCACUGUGUGUUCUGACACCUUUCUAUCAUGGCCAGCAUUAAGUUUUUCAGCAGUUUGUGUUACAGUAGCACUUCAGUGCGAUCUGACCAGAUGAGCUAGCCUUCACUCCCCACGUGCAUCAAUGAGCCUUGGAUCCCUUUUGGUAGGUACUAACGACUGCAUACCAAGAACACCCCACAAGACCUGCCGUUUUGGAGAUGCUCUGACCCAGUCAUCUAGCCAUCUCAAUUUGGCCCUUGCCAAUUUCGCUCAGAUCCUUAUGCUUGCCCUUUUUUUUUUUUGUUGUUGCUUCCAACACAUGGAAUUCAAGAACUGACAGUUCACUUGCUGCCUAAUAUAUCCCACCCUUUGACAGGUGCCAUUGUAAUGAGAUAAUAAAUGUUAUUCACUUCACCUGUCAGUGGUUUUAAUGUUGUGGCUGAUCAGUGUAUAUACAGUGUGUGUAUAUAUAUAUAUAUAUAUAUAUAUAUAUAUAUAUAUAUAUAUAUAUAUAUAUAUA